AGGCUUGAUGGCGCUAGCUAGGCUAAAACAACGCCAGUGAUUGUACUUUUGUUCAUUGUAGAACGCUUUCUAUUCGUCAACUUUGUCUGAAAUAUGAUGCGAUUAAUAGUAGGCUACAGUAAUUUAGCUAGUUAACAAACAUAACGUUAGCUAGCUAGCUGACAUAGCUUAAACUCGGAUUUUAACUUAAGUAACAUUAACUAACCACUAUAGCGAGAAAGCUAACAGACAAUGGUCAUUUGUUAGUGGUGGGUCAGUAAUCAAAUGGCAAAACUUUCUAAAUGAUUUUAAGACUAGCUAGUUAGCUAACUUUCUAAAUGGGAAAACUUUAGCCUGGGUAGCUAGCUAUUUUCAUCUAUUGAAAACAUCCAGGCACAAAUAUCUUUGAUCAAGGUGUGUCGUUACCAUGGUCACCAGCCAGGGUUACAGUAUUAGCAAAGAUUUGUUUAACUAAACCAAGAUAUGAUAUGACAGAUAUGUCGUUUCCAACGGGAACAAAUGAGUCAUAGUGGGCAGAGCCAAGCACGAACUAUGGAAGUCCUAUUGGCCUGUUCAAGCGUACAUCUUCAAAUUUCAGUUAGCCUACUCUGUGAAGGGAGCGUGUGCAUUAACUCAUUUCGUCUUUGCACUCCUUGUAAAUAACGCGAUUUUGGCAAAACAGUCAACAAAACUUAGUAUAAUCUGUUCGUAACAGAUUCUAGUUUUGGAAACAGAAAACUGUAUUGAGAUCAAACGUUUAAUGAUGAGAAAAUGCAGAAUGUCGGCGAAAAUCCAUCUCAGACCGCCGGCCAUUGGGCUUCCUCUCUUUACCAUAUUUGUGUUUGGAAACGCCAAGUGGAUGCUUCACAUUUAUACAUCAGGAAUAUAGAGUGUCAGAAGUUUCGCUCUUCAUCAUGGCGAGUCAGUCGAUGGAGAUCAUGGCCAAGGCGCUGGAGCAGCAGGUGCUGCAGUCAGCCAGGAUGGUGGAGGAGCAGCUGGAUGCAGAGCUGGGGAAGCUGGAGCGCAUGGAUGACGAUGAGAUGGAAAAGCUGAAGGAGAGGAGGAUGGAGGCCCUCAAGAAAUCCCAGAAACAAAAGCAGGAGUGGCUGGGUAAAGGGCAUGGGGAGUACAAGGAGAUCCCCAGUGAGAAAGACUUCUUCCCUGAGGUGAAGGAGAGCAAUCGAGUGGUCUGCCAUUUCUACAGAGACUCCACCUUCAGAUGCAAGAUCCUGGAUAAGCACCUUCGCGUCCUGGCCAAGAAGCACCUGGAGACCAAGUUCAUCAAGCUGAAUGUGGACAAGGCUCCAUUCCUGACAGAUAGGCUGCGGAUCAAGGUGAUUCCCACUCUGGCGCUGGUAAAGGACGGGAAGACCAAGGACUACAUAGUGGGUUUCACAGACCUAGGAAACACAGACGAGUUCACCACAGAGGUGCUGGAGUGGAGACUGGGCUGCUCUGACAUCAUCAACUACAGUGGUAACCUCAUGGAACCCCCCACCCUGACACAGAAAUCUGGUUCAAAGUUCACCAAAGUGGAGAAGAAGACCAUCAGGGGGAGAGGACACGACUCAGACUCUGAAGACGACUAGAAGACCGUCAGCCUUCAACUUCCGUCUCUCUGGCUGGGCUACUAACCGGCAGAACCAUCUCUUCCUGUUUUGUUCCUUUCAAGUUUAUCAUUUUCCUAUUUAUCCCAGUCUUCCAUGCUUUGUUUUUUGUUUUGUGGGUGUGAACUUAAUCAUAUGAGUUCAUAUUUUAAUUACAUUCAAGUGCUUUUUGGUUGUUUAUUUCCAACCUGCAAAUAAAAGGAUACCUAUCUGA